GCCCAUUAUAUUCUCGUCAGCCUCGUCAUCGUUGGAGGGCAUUAGCCAGAGCAAGAGGCAGCGGUGGCGGAGGAGCUAGCUUUGCUUUGCUGAUCGAUCGGGUGCUAGCUAGCGGCCGGAGUGUUCGAUCGAAGAGGGCCAUGGGGAGGGGAAGAGUUGAGCUGAAGCGCAUCGAGAACAAGAUCAACCGGCAGGUCACCUUCUCCAAGCGCCGCAACGGCCUCCUCAAGAAGGCCUACGAGCUGUCCGUGCUCUGCGACGCCGAGGUGGCGCUCAUCAUCUUCUCCAGCCGCGGCAAGCUCUACGAGUUCGGCAGCGCGGGCAUAACAAAGACAUUAGAAAGGUACCAACAUUGUUGCUACAAUGCUCAAGAUUCCAACAAUGCACUGUCCGAAACACAGAGCUGGUACCAGGAAAUGUCAAAAUUGAAGGCGAAAUUUGAAGCUUUGCAGCGCACUCAAAGGCACUUGCUUGGGGAGGAUCUUGGACCACUCAGUGUAAAAGAAUUGCAGCAGCUGGAGAAACAGCUUGAAUGUGCACUGUCGCAGGCGAGACAGAGAAAGACACAACUUAUGAUGGAACAGGUGGAGGAACUUCGCAGAAAGGAGCGUCAGCUAGGUGAAAUCAACAGGCAGCUCAAGCACAAGCUCGAGUCUGAAGGUUCUAGCAACUACAGAGCCAUGCAGCAAGCCUCCUGGGCUCAGGGCGGCGUGGUGGAAAAUGGAGCCGCCACAUACAUGCAGCCGCCGCCAAACUCCGCUGCCAAUGCCAUGGACUCUGAACUACCCACUCUGCAAAUUGGGUAUCCUCAGCAAUUUGUGCCUACAGAGGCAAACAAUAUCCCGAGGAACGCCGCCCCUGCAGGAGGGGAGAACAACUUCAUGCUGGGAUGGGUUCUUUGAGCUAAGCA